AUGGGCGCCGACGACCUCGUCACCGCCCAGACGACGUCCCCCUCGGAGCAAUACGUCCCACCGCAAGAACCCAGCGACAAUGGCAAGAAGAGCAGCACAUGGCGCACCACCCUCCUCGAACUCAAACACACCCUCACGACGCGCGAAGGCCUGAUAGGAGACUACGACUACGCCUACCUCUUCACGCCCAACAUAUGGCCCUUCAACAAAAGAUACAAAGACCACAUUCCACCCUUCUUCUACCCGGACGACAAGAUCCCUUUACUCCUAAUCCUGAUCCUCGGAAUCCAACACGCCCUCACCAUGAUCUCCGGCAUCGUGACCCCCGUCCUCGCCAUUUCACGCUCUGCGUUCUACCUCGACACAGCCACGACCGAGUACCUCGUCUCCGCAGCCUUCAUCACGAGCGGCAUCGGCACGUUCUUGCAGAUUACGCGCACGAAGGUCAGGGGCACGCCGUAUUAUCUCGGUUCGGGGCUGCUGAGCGUGAUCGGGCCGACGUUUGAUAUCAUUCCGAUUUGUAUCAAGUAUACGGCGCCGUUGUACGCCCGAGGGGUUUGUCCGACUGGGGAAGGGGGCACGAAGUUGCCGUGUCCGGGGGCUUAUGGGAAGUUGAUUGGGAGUGUGCUUGUUUGUGUGUGGAUGCAGUUUUUGGUUUCGUUUGUUCCCGCGAAGACGUUGAAGAGGGUGUUUCCGAGUGUUGUUACGGGGGUUUUGCUGCUGAUUCUGGGGAUUUAUCUCGUCACGACGGCCGGGGAGAGUUGGGGUGGUGGGGCGAGUUGUCACGAUGGUGUUGGGGUGAAUGCUCUGUGUCCGAGCACGAAAGCGCCCAGGCCGUUGCCAUGGGGCGAUCCGAAACUGAUUGGGUUGGGGUUUUCGGUCUUUGUGACGAUUCUGUUGGUCGAGAUGGUGGGGAGUCCGUUGAUGAAGAGCGCGAGUAUCAUCUUCGGUCUUGCCGUGGGAAGUGCGAUCAGUGGCGCCACGGGGUACUGGUCCGACACUCAGAUCCAGCAAGCUCCCGCCGUGACGUUCCUGUGGACAACGACGUUCAAGCUGGGGGUUGAUGGGGCGCUGAUCUUGCCGCUGCUGAUUCUGUUCGUUUGCGAGGCGCUCGUGUGUAUGCCUUCGAUUGCGGCGACUUCUGAGGCUUCGGGCGUGGAGACGGAGGGUCUCAAGGCGAAUACGAGGAUUCAGGGGGGCAUCUUGUGUGAUGCGACGGGGAGUUUGCUGGCUGGGUUUGGGUUUACGAUUCCGAUGGUCAGUCAUGCUGGGAAUAAUGGGGUUAUUGUGGUGACGAGCAAUGCGAGCCGUCGAGCAGGCUACUGCGCCAGUGUGAUCAUCGUCCUAAUGGGCAUCUUUGGCAAGUUCGGCGCGGUCUUCGCCUCCAUGCCCUCAACAAUCCUCGGCGGUAUGCAAACCUUCCUCUACGCAACAAUCGCCAUAUCUGGUAUGCGGAUCCUCGCGACGAUUCCAUGGACGCGCAGAAACAGGUUCAUUCUCUCAGCCUCGUUUGGGCUCGGACUCCUGGAUAUCGUGACGCCGGAGUGGUUCAGCAAGGUCUUGGAUUACAGUGGUCCGAAUGUCCAUUUGAUGGGAUUCUUGGAGGGUGUCAACCUCAUCGUUGAGACGCCGUUCAUUCUUGCGAUGUUGGUUGCAGUGCUGCUCAACUUCAUCAUGCCGCGCGAUAGGAGGGAUCGGUUGCCUUUGGAGCCUGAGGAGUCGUCUGGUCGGUCCAGUAGUGAGAGGGUGGAGCCGAAGGGAGAGCAGUAG